CGUGGACUCGAGAGGUGCGCUGAGCAAGUCUGCCUCACGUCCACACGCAACCUACGUCGCUUUCUCUCACCUUCGCCACGCUCGCCAGCUUACAAAGCGCAACGCGUCGCUUUUUCCUGAACCGUCGCGCUUUCCAUUCGCUCCACGUAAACCUCAUCACCAGCGACAACCCGAGAACGCACCGGAGCUUGAUAACAGCCAUACACCUGCACCAUGUCUUUGUGCAUGAACCGGCUCUCUGAAGAGAGAAAGCAAUGGAGACGCGACCACCCCUUCGGCUUUUUCGCGAAGCCUAUGCGUGGCUCGAACGGUAUGAUGGACCUCAAGAAGUGGGACUGCGGCGUACCAGGCAAGGAGAAGACACUCUGGGAGGGCGGCCUGUUCAAGCUCGAGGUCACAUUUCCUGACGAGUACCCUACCAAGCCACCGAAGUGUAAAUUCGUACCUCCGCUGUUCCACCCCAACGUGUAUCCCUCCGGCACCGUCUGCCUGUCGAUCUUGAACGAAGAAGAGGGAUGGAAGCCAGCCAUUACAAUCAAGGAGAUCCUGCUCGGCAUUCAGUCAUUGCUCGAUGAGCCGAACCCAGAAUCGCCCGCCCAAGCAGACGCCUUCAACCUCUUCAAGAAGGACCGCACUGCAUACGACAAGAAGGUACGCAGCGUCGUCAAGGAGAACCCAGCGCCCUAGAGUCAUGCGGCGCGCGUGUCGAGCGCAGUACAGAAGCCAGUUUGGAGUUGGAGGAAACGACCUGAUGCGCGCAUCUAGAAGCCUGGAGGCAUUCGAAAAGAUCGGAGGAAGAGGCGAAGUGAGAGGCCUAGCAUUCACAUAUACGUCGUUAGGCAGGGUUGGCGUGUGCUUCACCACGAAGGCGAUAUGAAAUAUCCAUGGCACCUGGCGUUUGGGGUUGAUGGACAUCAUGACGGCUCUUUAGAUCUGUGAACGGAUGACUUUGGGCUCAUAUGUAUACCUGGCGAUAAUUCGCAAUUACAUGGAAUGAAAGACUCUGACUGCCACUGCUGUUCAUGAGGAAGA